AUGACAGGAAAGACUACCCAACAUUCUGAAUCGGUUGUUAUUCGCAAUCUUAGGCGCUUGAAAGAGUUUUAUUGGCCUUCCAGUGUGAGUGAAGUUGUGAAUUGUGGGGAGGAAGAACCAGGAUUUCUGGACAGUUUACCAGUGGACGUGCAGUUCCAGGUCAUGACCUUGUUGUCAUCUGUAGACAUCUGUCGCCUAGGAGCAACCAGCCGUUACUGGAGGGCCUUUGUCCGAGACCCUCUGUUAUGGAGGUUUCUACUCCUAAGGGACAUACCUCACUGGCCCUCCAUCGAUCACUUAACGAUGCCGCAAGUCGAUGCACCAGAAGCGCCGGGUAUCAGUGAGGAUUCAGAACUGGACGAUUACGAGAGGACAGAAACAAGAAUUGACUACAUGGCAGAAUAUCUCAAAGGGUGCCCAUCAUGCAGAGAGCGAUGGCUUCCCUUGUGGCCGCCAUACCGUGUACUUGUGUCCUUCCUGCAGUCUCUAGUGCCCUCAGCUGAGCCGCGCUACGCCAUGUUUGGGCCAGGCAUGGAGCAAAUGGAUGUCUCCAUAGUUACAAGGCUCAUGCACGCCAGUGAUAUUUUACCAGUGUCGGUCAAUCCAAACAGCCACAUCAAUGGACCAUCAGUAAUUGGCUCUGGCAUUAGUUUCAUGUUCAACGACCAGCACAAAUUCAACAUCUUUACACUUUACUCAACCAACAGGGCAGAGAGGGACCGUGCCAAAGUACAGAACCAGUAUAUGAGUGAUAAACUCUUCACUUUAGUUGGAAGCGAUGAAUCUGGGCACCCAGUCUACAGGCCGUCACCUCAGGUGCAGCAGGUGUGCAAGGUAGUGGAUGGAGUGAUCUAUGUGGCUAAUGCCCAACCAGGGAGAGGUGAUGGAGAGUCCGAGGCGGCUCAAAUCAGGGCCGUGUUGAGCUCCACAUCCAAACCCCUGCUGGUGCUCUCAUGUAUCUCCAGAGAGAAAUGUGAAGCAGUCGGGACCACCAGACUUCAAACCACGCGUCGCACGCCCUGUGUUGACAUGGCAAACAGACUCGGUCUACCUCAGUUGCCUAAUCCCUGGAUGGUGCAGGAUACAGUUGCAGAAUCCCUGUCCGGUCUUCUGGAUGGCAUUUCUUGGUUGCUGAGAUCCUCAGGAGUCAAAGUGUAUGAUCGCUAG